AAGCUGGCUCUGGACUAAGCACUGGAAUGGCUGCUGCGACGGCUGCUGCUGGGGCGGUGGGUGUCUGACCCCGACCGCAGACGACCCCAGGGAUGGGCCAGCGGCUGUGAGGUACCUUGGUUUUCUGACAAGAAUUGACCAUGUCAGAAUGAAAGGAAGUGAUCUGUACAGACUGCUCUCUGUGGAACCUCUGAAGACAAUAAAUAGUGUUCAAUUCUAUUAGUAACUCCUCUGGAUCAAGCUAUGGUGGAAAAUGUUUCGGAAAGGGAAAAAAAGACACAGUAGUAGCAGUUCCCAAAGUAGUGAAAUCAGUACUAAGAGCAAGUCUGUAGAUUCCAGCCUUGGGGGCCUUUCACGAUCUAGCACUGUGGCCAGCCUUGAUACCGAUUCCACCAAAAGCUCAGGACAAAGCAACAAUAAUUCAGAUACCUGUGUAGAAUUUCGAAUAAAAUACGUUGGUGCCAUUGAGAAACUGAAAGUCUCGGAGGGAAGUCUUGAAGGGCCACUAGACUUGAUAAAUUAUAUAGAUGUUGCCCAGCAAGAUGGAAAGUUGCCCUUCGUUCCUCUGGAGGAAGAAUUUAUUAUGGGAGUUUCCAAGUAUGGUAUAAAAGUAUCAACAUCAGAUCAGUAUGAUGUUUUGCAUAGGCAUGCUCUAUAUUUAAUCAUCCGGAUGGUGUGUUAUGAUGAUGGUCUGGGGGCAGGAAAAAGCUUACUGGCUCUGAAAACCACAGAUGCAAGCAAUGAAGAAUACAGCCUAUGGGUUUAUCAGUGCAACAGCCUGGAACAAGCACAAGCAAUCUGCAAAGUUUUAUCCACCGCUUUUGACUCUGUGUUAACAUCUGAGAAAUCCUGAAUUCUGCAAUCCAGUGGAAGUAGACUUCAUGUGCAAGUUCAGGUGUUUUCUAAAUAGUUCUGUUUUCAAUCUGCAAUGCUGAACUGUUACAGAAAUAUGAAAUGAUCCCUUGCUCUGGAUUUUUCCUGAAGAAAAUGUAAUGUA